AGGCGAAACACUAGACUAAAACUUUAACAAGUGGAAUAGGCCUAAAAGCCUAAUCAGAGCCUGAUAGUCUAAGAAAAGCCUCGUAGGGUAACAGUCUAGUGUCAACUCAAAAUUCUAUUUGAAUCCUCGAAUUCCUUGGAGUUAGCUCCUUGUUGAAGCGCCAAUGGAGUGGUAAUAGCUCCUUGUUGGCAUGUCAACAGCCACUCCGAUUAAUUUUCCUUUUUUUUCUGUAACUCUAAGGUGGCAAUGAAUAUGUAGGGCUUUUCUUGUAAACUCUGUAACUUUGCAAAGAAAGAUCAUGUAGAGCUGUGAGAUGUCUCAUUUUCAUCAGAACUUCCUCAGUUUCCUCGUCAGUAAUUUUUGACUAGUUUCGUGGACUGUUUUUAGGUGUAGUAUGGAUCAAUCUUCAUUGCGCUUACUACUCUUUAGUCGGAUUCUUGUUUUACGUAGUUAUUACUGGCACACAGUUCUCUUUGUUCUAAUGAACGCCUGGUUUUUAAUUUACAUUGUCUUUUUAUUAUGGUUUUUUCUUCAACAGGAAUCUUCGUUGGCUACCUGCACGACAAUUUUCUGGAUUGUCACGUUCUAGCUCGAUGGCAAUGAUACGUUAUACAACAACAAUUAUAUUGGUAUUAGCAAUAACACAUUUACCUCAAAUUGAGACAGUAUAUGACGUAAAUAGUGCCAGUAUUCAUCUGGAAAGACGAGGCAAACGUGAAUUACCACCUGCAAACCUAAGAUCAGUUUGCGGUGAAACCAAUUCAUCAAUGUGUACGACUUUUGAAACAGCUCAAACAUCGUGCCUUCCCGUAUCACCAAUAUGUAAUGCAGUAUGCAAUACAGCAAGUCUCACCACCGUGGCAUCAGGUCUCAACAACGUCUACGACAUAGCGACGAAUUCGGGAUACCUGUAUGUUGUCAAUGCAAAUAAAGGAAAUGUUGAAAAGUUCAAACUGGACAACACCCCAAUUAGUCAAAGUCAGCCCACUGUUGUCGCCUCGAAUCUUGUUAAUCCAUGGGGUGUAUAUGUUACCUCAACUGCUGUGUAUGUAUCGGAUACAUUCAAUCAUCAAAUAAAACAGUAUC